GAACUGUUUCCAGAGAUGGCUUAUCUUACUUUGCUUUUGGCUAUUCUUCACGUGCACAAAGUGCUAUGUGAAGAGACAUUUUGGGACACAACUGUUCAGCUUUCUGAGACUAUGACUCUGGAAUGUGUGUUUCCGUUGACGGAUAACUUAACCCAGGUGGAGUGGACCAAGAUCAGUGGCACAGAGACUGUGACCAUAGCUGUUUACAACCCUAGCCAUAGUUUGUUUAUAGAGCAUAACUACCUCGGCAGAGUGUACUUUCUAAACUCAACGGCGGGGUUCCGCAAUAUGAGCCUUUCCUUUUACAAUGCCUCUGAAGCAGAUGUUGGCACUUACUCCUGCUUGUUUCAUUCUUUCCCAAGUGGACCUUGGGAGAAGAAGAUAAAGGUGGUCCAGUCAGAUAGUUUUGAGAUAGCAGCACCCCCGAAUAGCUACCUGUCUUCAGAACCUGGACAAAAUGUCACACUCAGUUGUCAGCUUCAAAUGAACUGGCCAGUACAACAAGUCAUAUGGGAAAGAGUCCAGCCCCAUCAGGUAGACAUCUUGGCUUCCUGUAAGCUAUCUCAAGGGACAAGAUACACAUCAAAGUACCCAAGACAAACAUGGAGCAACUGCAGCCAGGGGCUCAGGCAAAGUGUCCUCAUCAUCCGUGAUGCCAUAACUGCUGACUCGGGACUUUACAGAUGCCGAUCUGAGACCAGCACGGGAGAGAAAAAUACCUUUGUCCUAAGGCUGGUCAUAACUGAUGGUGGAGCCAACAAACCUUUUAUCCUUCCUGUUGCUGGAGGGUCAGCUUUGCUGUUACUUGUCAUCCUAAUUAUCAUCACCAUCAUUUUUUAUAACAGAAGGAGAAGGAGACAGGUGAGAAUACCACCUAAAGAGCCCAGGGAUAAACAGAGUAAGAGUAAGGUAGCCAUCAACUGCAGAAGUCCCACUUCUCCCAUCCAGUCUAUCGAUAAUGAAAAAGAGGACAUUUAUGUGAACUAUCCAACCUUCUCUCGAAGACCAAACCCAAGAUUCUAA